GGACUGAUGUCUUUGUAUUCCAUUUCUACAAUGAAUGACUUUGUCUUCAAGGCCGUUUGUCUAUAUUCUGUAGGAAUCCAGGCACCAACAGCCACCAGACUACAAAGAAUGUGUUAAUUGCGUAUAGUGAAUUGGUAUGAUUGCAUUACAGUACCACCGGCUGCAUAUCAACUAUCAUGCAGUGUCCAAAUAUCAGAGCAUAAAGUAUUAUGAACACUGCCGAUGAUCUGCAGAGCCUAGUUGCAAUGGUCGACGAUAGUGCAACUGAUUCGAAUCCUCCACUGUAGAUCUUAUAUAUAUCCACGGCACAAUAGCCGAUUGACAGCUCGGGGCACGUCGGCUUCGGAUCUCGGCAGGGAGAGAUGGGUUAUAUAAGACUGGCACCACUGACCAUAACCUCCCCCAUGACCCUUUCAAGGUCUGACCCUUCCUCAUCCUAUAUGAUCAUUGCUGAUAAACCAAAUCAGGCAUGUGUGGUCCCCCGCCCGAUCGGGUGGAUCUCCACUCAGAAUGCCUCGGGCCAGUCCAACUUGGCCCCAUACAGCCAAUUCAACAACCUCACCUUUGACCCACCAUAUGUGAUGUUCUCGUCGAACCAGACGGUAGAAGGAGUGCGUAAAGACACGGUGAUCAAUGCCGAGCAAACGGGGCAGUUUGUGUGGAACCUCGCCACGUGGGAUCUGCGCGACGCAGUGAAUAUCUCCGCCGAACAGGUUCCGUACGGCGUGGACGAGUUUGCGCGCGCGGGGGUGACCAAGGAGAGUGCAAAACUAGUCAAUGCGCCAAUGGUGAAGGAGUCGCCGGUCAAGUUUGAAUGUGAAUAUCACUCGACGGUGCGGUUGCCCGGCAAUCCCCCUAUGGGAACGGUGGAUGUGGUGAUUGGGAAGGUGAUUGCGGUGCAUAUCAAGGACGAGGUGUUGACGGAUGGACUACUGGAUGUGACAAAGACGAAGCCAAUUGCGCGCUGUGGAUAUUAUCAGUACGCGGUGAUUAAGGAUACGUUCGAGAUGAAAAUCCCGGGCAUGUCUGAGAAUACGCUGUAUGGGCUGGAGGGAAAUGCGCGGAGGAACCGAGAGGCAAACCAGGCGAAGAUUUGAUUAAUAUCGAUAG